AUGGCUCAGAACCUGUAUGGUCACGGGGUCCGGAUGGGCAACUGGAACGAGGACAUCUACCUGGAGGAGGAGCUCAUGAAAGAUUUCCUGGAGAAGAGGGAUAAGGGGCAGCUUCUCAUACAGAGAAACAGAAGAGUGAAACAGAUGCUUCUGGGACCGACCCGGCUUUCUGUGUCUGAGGAUGGCUACAUCCACACCGGCGACAAGGUGAUGCUCGUGAAUCCGGACCACCCUGAGGCGGACGCUGAUGUGUUUCUCCGUGGGGACCUGAGCCUGUGUCUGACUCCAGAUGAGAUCAGAGCCCACCUGAGUGACCAGCUGGAGGUGCCCUGUGGCCUGAGCGCAGCGCCAGCCAUGAGCCCGGUGGGCAGGAACACUUUUAUCCUUUUGAGUGGGGACGGAGAGGCUGCCGGUCAAGUCCUUCGAUACGGGCAGAACUUUCGCCUCGGGAUUACAGGGGGAUUCGAAGACAAAAUGUUAUUUUUGUCAAGUGACCACAGGACCCUCCUGAAGUCGUCCAAGAGGUCCUGGCUCCAGGAGGUGUACCUGACAGACGAGGUCUCCUACCUGAACUGCUGGCAGGCUGCCUUCCCCGACCCCCAGCUGCGCCUGGAGUAUGAAGGCUGCCCCGUCCCGGCGAACGCCAGCGUCCUCAUCAAUCACUGCCACACCAACCGGGCCCUGGCGGCCCACCGGCAUCUCUUCCUAAGGACCUACUUCGGAAAGGAGGUGGAGGUCGCUGCUCACACACACCUGGACGUGCACCGGGUGGAGAAGCCCAGGAACCACUGGAUGCUGGUGACCGGGGGCCCCAGGGAGGGCGCGCCCACCAUGUUGGACGUGCGCAGACGGCCCCUGGAGGGCACCCUGGAGCAGGCGGCGGCCCCAGGGCCCAGUGACACGCCAGCUGGAGCGCAGGUACACGGCCUUCCCGGGCGCGGGCACCUGCUGGGCUGCUGGCCCACCAGGAACCGGUGGAGGGCCGUCGGCAGCGGACACAGCCUCAGGCUAGAAGUUGUGUUCAUCGUCCUGCCGGGAGGCCAGGAGCGGCCCCCUGCUGGCCCGGACGUGACUGAGAACCAGGAGUGGCCACCCGCUGGCCCGGAGGUGACCGAGAACCAGGAGCGGCCACCUGCUGGCCAGGACGUGACCGAGAACCAGGAGUGGCCACCCGCUGGCCUGGAGGUGACCGAGAACCAGGAGCGGCCCCCUGCUGGCCCGGACGUGACCGAGAACCAGGAGCGGCCCCCUGCUGGCCCGGAGGUGACCGAGAACCAGGAGCGGCCCCCGCUGGCCCGGAGGUGA